ACUGCACAGUAAGAAAAACGAAAACAUAUACUUCUAAUAGUUAUUUAUUUCUUUAUAUUCUAAUAAUAGCCGAUCAACAUUUGGUGGUGCUACAUAUGUUAUGUGUAAUGCAAAAGGUAUUGGAGAAAAUCAACUUAUUUGUCAUCGACCAUUACAAAAUCUUAAUGCAAUGGAAUUUGAUCGAGAAAAACGUCGUUUUCGUCGACCAAAAAAUCGUGCACCUGUUAAAAAUGAUUUAGAUGAUUCUCAACAUCAUCAUUCAGCAUUAGGCAUUCGAUUAUUUCUACGAGAAUUUUGCGUAGCAUUCUUAGAUAAUUGUUACAAUAUACUUAUGCCUCGUGCAAGGGAUAUGAUUAUUAAAUCUACAUGUUUACUUAGUGAUGAAACAAAUUUUUUUUGGGCAAUACGAUUUUUUACAGAAUUUAAUCGACAUGCACAUACAUCAAUUGAUCGCAUAAGUGAAACAUUACAAAUGAAUACAUUUCAUUUACUUCAUACAAAAAUUGAUCAUUAUAGAGAAAUGAUUAAAAUUGAUAAACCUGAAGCAAAACUUUGGGCAAAACGAUUACAAAUUGGUUUUGGUGCUUUUAAAGAAUAUAUUCUUUGUGUUAAAUCAAUGUUAACAAAUACUAAUGAAGUUAUUAUUCGUGCUGCAACAAUUAUCAAAAAUAAUAUUUUCUAUAUGCAAGAAUAUCGUGAACAAAUUUAUAUUUUACUUAGAGAUUAUGAUAAUACGAAAAUGACUAAUAUUUAUCUUCAUGAUCUUAUUGAAAGUACUCAUGAAUUUCUUAAAAUGCUUGAAGAACAUACAACAAAAUUAAAACAUGUUUUUGUUCAACGUUGUCGUACAGCUCGUAAAUCAACAACAACAAAGAAAAAAAAGAAUGAAAAUACUGAAAAAAAUGAACCACCAAAUGAACAAUUAGAAGAAGAAUGGCAAAAUCAAAUAUCUGAACGAUUAUCAUGUUUAUUACAAGGUUUAGAAGAAGUUUCUAUUAAUAAAUCAGAUGUAUGUCCAUUUGAUGCACUUUCUGAAGUUCCUAUUGAUGAUCAAAGUAUUACGGCUGUUGCUCGAAUUCAACAUGCAUUACGAAUAAAUAAAUUAGAUGAAGCUAUUGCAUUAUUUCGUGCUUCUCGAGAAGUAUGGCCAACAGAAAAAACAUUUGGUCAUGAAGAUAUUGGAGCUGAAGAAGAAUUUAAUUUACUUCGAGAAAUUUAUAUGACAUCAAAUAUGGAUAAUUUAUUACCAAAAAAUACUGAUGAAGAUGAUGAAAAUAAUGAAGAAGAAUAUGAAGAAGGACAUGAUGAAGAUGAACAAGAAUCAAUUCAUACAAUUGAACGUGAAGAAGAAUUUGACUUUAAAAAGUUUAUAAUACGUUUUGCACAUUCAAGUAUACUUUCAUCAUAUAUUGAUGUUCUUCGCACAUAUACAAGCAAUACACCAUAUUUAAAUCAUUGUAUAAUUCGUAUGUUUUAUCGUAUAUCAAUUGAUUGUAAUUAUCCUGGUAUAUUUUUUCAAAUGUCAUUAUUUCGUAUUUAUCAAAAAUUUUAUCUUGAUCCAUUAGCAAAAUCACAACAAUUUUCUGAAUUAUUACAAUUUGGUACUUGGUUAUUACGUAAAUUUUUUGUAACUAUACAAAAGAAUCCAUAUAUAUAUGCUGAAUUACUUUUUUGGAAAGAUCGAAGUAUUCUUGAAGAUAUGCUUGAUGGAUAUCGUCAUACUACUCGUACGACGAAUGAAGGAGAAAAGAAAAUUAAAGCAGGAUCAUGGUCAAUUGAACAUCAAAUUGAAUUACGAGAUCUUUUUAGAAAAAUUAAAGAAGAACAAGUUGAAAAUAUUGGACUUGAACAAACUGAUAUUAUUGAUCGAAUUAUGUUAGAAUUAACGGAUAAAACAAAGACAAGACGUCAAAUAAUAAAAGAAUUAAAAAAUCAAGAUUUAAUUAAAAAUGCUAAAGAACUUAAACUUAAAAAAACAAAAAAUCGUCAAUCAAAGAAAAAUGAUUUUCUUGAUAAUUCAAAAUUUCUUAGUUCGGAUUCAGAUGUUCCAGAUAUAGAUGAUGAUGAUGAUGAUGAUCGUUCUAUUGAAAAUAAAUCAAUUUCAUCUGAACAUGAACAAGAUAAUUCAAAAUCUGAUAAUAUUAUAUCAACAGAAAUUCCUAAAAAUACUGAACAAGAAGUAGAAGAAGAGGAAGAAUCAGUACCUGUUAUAAUAAAACAAAGUCGUAAAUUUGAAUCUUCAUCAAUGUUCAAUGAUAAUGAUAAUGAUAAUGAUAAUGAUGAUGAUGAUGAUGAUAUUUCUUCAUCACGACCAAUUAAAAAAGCACGUCGUCAGUUGGCAUCUUCAAGUGAAGACGAUGAUUACGUCGCUAGCGAAGCGUUGGCUCAGCUGAAAAAUUCUCGAAGAAAGAAAAAGACACGAACAACUAUAAUACAAACACAGUCUUGUGUUGUGAAUCACAUAUCUACGAUUCGAAAACGUAUAACCAUCUAA